AUGAUCACUCCCAAAUACUCACCACAUACCACACCCACCCGCCACUCCCCACCCCCCACUGGUCACCAGAUAGCAGAGGAGUUGAUGCCUCCCCCAAUGGUGGUAUCAGCAUUCCUGGCUCUCAACAGCGUCAUUCCCAAGGUCAAGAUGGUUCCAGGAAAGGACAUCAGCGACAUUGGCAUGAGAGACCUUGCCAACCGGAAGCGGGCGAAGGAUAACCCAAUGUCCAUCAGGGGCCCUGCUCGAGUGGGCACAGCAGUUUCACUGCUGCGGACCACACAGGAGAUCGGCCCACGGAUGAAGGAGGUGAGGGUGAAUGUGAUGAUGGAGGAGGUAAGUGCUGACGUGGUAACCGACCCAGCUCUCUCCAAGGAGCUGCACGCAGCGGCCAGCAGCACCGACAAGACUCUCAAGAUCUACGAGGGCUCCUGGCACGGACUCACUUCUGGGGAGCCUGACGAUGUGAUCGAAAAGGUGAUAGCGGAUAUUGUUGCGUGGAUUGCUGCGCGCAGCAGCGCUGCUACGGUGGAUUUGAAUGCGGUGAAUGAGAAGCUACUGGAGCCGCCUUUUAAGGGGGAUACUGUAAAGGAGAGGAACGGUGUGAAAAGACCGGCGGAAAUCGUGGUGCUGGUGCGUGAAACUUCAGCGAACAAUCCCCUUGCUCAAGCUGCCGAAAGCCCUGACGGUUCUGCAGACGACGAACUCGCUCGUCGCGCUGAAGGUCUGCUGAGAGGCAGUGCGGACAUUGAUGUCGCGUCGGCAGCCGCACGCGCGCCGUCGGUGAGCAUCUGUGGUCCGCUUGUUUCUCUGGGGGGUUACACGGACGAUGUUUUGAAGGCGGAUGGUAGCGACAGAAGUUGUCGCAGUGCGACGGGUGACGGUGCUCGCGAGGCAGAUGGCGAUGGGAGUGCAAGUUGCAGACCGGGGGGAGAUGAUUGUGACUCCGCGGAGCGGGGGGGGGUGCAAGGCGGAACGGCAGACGGCGGGGGAGCAGCGGAAGGUGAAGCAGCGGAGGGAAGAGCAAGUGGAGCAGCGGAGGGGGAGCUGGCAGCGGCGGAUGUCGGGGAAGCGCAAGGCGCAGAAGAGGGCGGGAGGUCUUGGUGGGGAAGGGUGACCGGGGGAAGACUGGGGAAGCGACGGGUUUCCACGGAAGUGUCGCCGCCACGUGGCAGCAGCUCACUGGAGGCUGUUUUCAACGGAGUCAACGUGCUGACGGGCAUCGGAAUUCUCACCACGCCCUACGCGCUCGCCCAAGCGGGCUGGUUAGGCUUGCUCCUUCUGCCCGCCACGUCCCUCCUCUACCUCCUCACCGCCCGCCUCCUCCGUGCCUGCAUGGACCACACACCAUCCACCGAUCCCCACUCCCCUGAUACAAGUAUCCACACCUCGACUGCAAGCAGCCACGCCUCCACCACCGCACCCUACACCUCCGCAACUUCUCCCCACACCUCCGCCACUGCACUCCACGCCUCCACGAUCACCACCUUCCCCGACAUAGGCGCGGCAGCGUUCGGCCGCACAGGGCGCAUACUUACAUCUCUGGUGCUCUACGGGGAGCUCUUCGCCGUGUCGGUCGAGCUGCUCAUCCUCGAAGGCGACUCCCUCGCCUUCCUCUUCCCCUCCUUCGCCCCGCACGGCCUCAGUCUUGGCCCCUCCCUCCGCCUGUCCGCCAACCAGUCGACUCAAAAGCUUCCCUGGGAUCCUCGCUCCGCCUCUCCUUUUGAGUCGACUCAAAAGCUUCCCUGGGAUCCUCGCUCCGCCUCUUCUUUUGAGUCGACUCAAAAGCUUCCCUGGGAUCCUCGCUCCGCCUCUCCUUUUGAGUCGACUCAAAAGCUUCCCUGGGAUCCUCGCUCCGCCUCUCCUUUUGAGUCGACUCAGAAGCUUCCCUGGGAUCCUCGCUCCGCCUCUCCUUUUGAGUCGACUCAAAAGCUUCCCUGGGAUCCUCGCUCCGCCUCUCCUUUUGAGUCGACUCAAAAGCUUCCCUGGGAUCCUCGCUCCGCCUCUCCUUUUGAGUCGACUCAAAAGCUUCCCUGGGAUCCUCGCUCCGCCUCUCCUUUUGAGUCGACUCAAAAGCUUCCCUGGGAUCCUCGCUCCGCCUCUCCUUUUGAGUCGACUCAAAAGCUUCCCUGGGAUCCUCGCUCCGCCUCUCCACCUACCAGCCCCUCCCUCCGCCUGUCGCCCAACCAGGUGUUUCUGAUCAUCGCAGCACUGAUUAUGCUGCCCACAGUGUGGCUCAGAAAGAUGUCUCUGCUCGCGUAUGUGUCCGUGUCUGGGCUGCUUGCUGCGCUGGUCACAGUGGUGGUGUUUCUGAUCAUCGCUGCGCUGAUCGUGCUGCCAACAGUGUGGUUACGAAAGAUGUCUUUGCUCGCGUAUGUGUCCGUGGGAGGGCUGCUCGCAGCGCUGGUCACGGUGGUGGGAGUGGCGUGGGUGGCGGCGAUGGGGGCGGACGAUGCAGGCUCUGCUGCUGCUUCUGCUUCUUCAACCGCCGCAGCAGCAGCAGCAGCAGUGCAAGGGGAAUCGGCGUUGCUGCGGGUGCAGGGAAUACCAGUGGCGAUGGGGAUAUUUGGGUUCUGCUUCUCAGGGCAUGCAGUCUUCCCCACCAUCUACCGCUCCAUGGACAAGCCACAGCACUACAACCGGGUGAGUGGGCGAGUGAGUGAGGCAGAGAGUAAAGAGUGGUGCAUUGAGUCGGGGCAUGCUGUGUUCCCCACCAUCUACCGCUCCAUGGACAAGCCACAGCACCGGGUGAGCCAUGCUGUCUUCCCCACCAUCUACCGCUCCAUGGACAAGCCCCAGCACUUCAACUGGCCCCAGCACUAUAACCGGGUGAGUGGGCGAGUGUGUAUCGAUACUGGUGCGGCACUUGUGCGUAUUACAGGUUCUGUAACCCCCUGUUUUGGGUUCUGCUUGUCGGGCCAUGCUGUGUUCCCCACCAUCUACCGCUCCAUGGACAAGCCACAGCACUUCAACUGGGUGCUCCUCAUCUGCUUCACUGUCUGCACAUGCAUAUACGGCGGCAUUGCCAUUCUCGGCUAUUCCAUGUACGGACAAGCCACUGCCGCCCAGAUUACCCUCAACCUGCCGCCCGCCCUCACACCAUCCCGCAUAGUCCUAUGGACCACCAUCAUCUCUCCCCUCACCAAAUUCGCCAUCACCAUCACCCCCGUCGCGCUCGCCCUCGAAUCCUCCCUCUCCUCCCUCCUCUCCAACCUCUCCCCUCCCAGCCUCGCCUCCUGUACCCCUUACUGCGUGCCCCGCUUCAAGCACAGAGGCUGCAGCUGCAACUGCAAGCACACCGCGCUCUGUCUCUCCUGGCUCUCAUCUCUCCCGGGCUUUAACUGGGUGAGGGUCAGCAGCAAGACAGUUGUUUCCCUAACUGUGAGGACUCUACUGGUGGUGCUGGUGGCAGCGGCGGGGUUACUGCUUCCAUUCUUCGCCCUGGUCAUGACACUCACAGGCUCUCUCCUCAGCAUCUCCAUCUCUUUGCUCCUCCCCACGGCCUGCCACCUCAGCAUUAAGUGGCGCCAGCUGUCGCGUGCGUCGGUUGCGUGCCACGUGGCGAUUCUCCUGGGAGGGACAGCGGCGGCUGUAACGGGGACGGUUUAUGCUGUCAGGGGGAUAGCUGCUGGUGGUGGUGGGUCGCAUUAG